CCCCCAGGAAUGGUCCUUGUGCGCAGCGAGAACGGGCAGCUGCUAAUGAUCCCUCAGCAGGCCCUGGCCCAGAUGCAGGCUCAGGCCCACGCCCAGGCCCAGCCUCAGAGCACCAUGGCGCCCCGCCCUGCAACCCCCACAAGUGCCCCUCCUGUCCAGAUCUCCACCGUACAGGCACCUGGGACACCUCUCAUUGCACGGCAGGUGACCCCCACGACCAUAAUUAAGCAAGUGUCUCAGGCCCAGACGACGGUACAGUCCACUACAACCCUACAGCGCUCCCCUGGCGUCCAGCCUCAGCUCGUCCUGGGGGGCGCUGCCCAGACGACUGCCCUGGGGACAGCAGCUGCCGUUCAAACAGGAACGCCUCAGCGACCCGUGCCCGGCGCGACCGCCACCUCCACAGCUGCCACGGAAACCAUGGAAAACGUGAAGAAAUGUAAGAAUUUUUUGUCUACAUUGAUAAAACUGGCUUCGUCUGGCAAACAGUCCACAGAGACAGCAGCGAACGUGAAAGAGCUGGUGCAGAAUUUACUGGAUGGAAAAAUCGAAGCAGAAGAUUUCACUAGCAGGUUAUACCGCGAACUCAACUCCUCACCUCAACCUUACCUUGUGCCUUUCCUGAAGAGGAGCUUACCCGCCUUGCGACAGCUGACGCCGGACUCCGCAGCCUUCAUCCAGCAGAGCCAGCAGCAGCCGCCUCCCGCCUCGCAGGCCACCACCGCGCUCACGGCCGUGGUUCUGAGCAGCUCCGUGCAGCGCACGGCUGGGAAGACGGCGGCCACCGUGACCAGCACCCUGCAGCCCCCCGUCAUCAGCCUCACGCAGCCCACGCAGGUCGGCGUGGGCAAGCAGGCGCAGCCCGCCCCGCUGGUGAUCCAGCAGCCCCCGAAGCCAGGAGCCCUGAUCCGGCCCCCGCAGGUGACGUUGACGCAGACGCCCAUGGUCGCCCUGCGGCAGCCUCACAGCCGGAUCAUGCUGACCACGCCCCAGCAGAUCCAGCUGAACCAGCUGCAGCCAGUCCCCGUGGUGAAACCCGCCGUGUUACCUGGAACCAAAGCUCUCUCUGCGGUCUCGGCCCAGGCAGCUGCUGCUCAGAAAAACAAGCUCAAGGAGUCUGGGGGAGGCUCCUUCCGGGACGACGAUGACAUCAACGAUGUUGCGUCGAUGGCCGGAGUAAACCUGUCGGAAGAAAGUGCGAGAAUACUGGCCACGAACUCUGAGAUCGUGGGGACGCUGACCCGGUCCUGCAAGGACGAAACCUUCCUUCUCCCGGCGCCUUUGCAGAGGAGAAUCUUAGAAAUCGGUAAAAAACACGGCAUCACGGAGUUGCACCCCGAUGUCGUGAGCUACGUAUCCCACGCCACACAGCAGCGGCUACAGAACCUCGUAGAAAAAAUAUCGGAGACGGCGCAGCAGAAGAACUUCUCCUACAAGGACGACGACAGGUAUGAGCAGGCGAGCGACGUCCGGGCGCAGCUCAAGUUCUUCGAGCAGCUCGAUCAGAUCGAGAAGCAGAGGAAGGACGAGCAGGAGAGGGAGAUCCUCAUGCGGGCAGCCAAGUCUCGAUCCAGACAGGAAGACCCCGAGCAGUUACGGUUGAAACAGAAGGCGAAAGAGAUGCAGCAGCAGGAGCUGGCGCAGCUGAGGCAGCGCGACGCCAACCUGACGGCGCUCGCGGCCAUCGGGCCCAGGAAGAAGAGGAGAGCGGACUGGCCGGGGACGGCGGGAGCAGAGGUACCCGUGUCGUGGGCCGGGGUCUGGCCGGGGACGGCGGGAGCAGAGGGCUCGGGCCCGGGCUCGGCGGUGCCAGGCAGCUCCGGCGUCGGGACCCCCAGACAGUUCACGCGGCAAAGAAUCACGCGGGUCAACCUCAGGGACCUCAUAUUCUGUUUAGAAAAUGAGCGCGAGACAAGCCAUUCGCUGCUGCUCUACAAAGCGUUCCUCAAGUGACGCGGGGCGCGCCCGGACGGGGACGCCGCGGACGCUUUUCUACGUUUGCAGAUGACGCCUUUUUGUACCGAGCAAAGGGGAUAUUGUUCAAAAGCAGCCGCCUCUUUCCAGUGGGCAGUUUUCUACUCCGGUUUCUAAUCAGCUCUUCGGUGUGGAAGAGGACCCGUUCCUGUAGCCGAGAACACGAGGCCCGUGGCUCCGCCUACAGGACGCCGAAUCUUAGCUCAUCUCCGAGUGAGUGGCCUUCUUGCCAAACAAGCCAUAUAUAGACUGGCGGAGCCGCUGCGGGCGCGCCGUGCGGGCCGUGCCGUGGCCGUGCGUGCGGGCGUGGCGCGGCCCGUGUAGGUGUGUCUGCAGCCCACGACCUCAUCGCCUUUAUCUUAUUUUCGUCAUAGUCAGUUGGCAAAGCAAACUGAUUUUUUAGACCCCCCCCGCCCCGCCCCGCCCCUCCGCUGAGGAAUCUCGAGGGGCCGCCCCGCCGGCGGCUCCUCCGAAUGUGUGUCAGCAUGUGGACAGAGCGUUUCACUGCUAUAGUUUGUAAAGCUGUAAAGUCAAAGAAAUGAAAACCUUUUCAGCAUAAAUAUAUUUUACUUGCACUGUGUUUUUUAGCUAAAAGUGAAAACUUAGAUUAAAUAAAAUCAGAGUUGAGAAGAAUCAUCCGGGACUGGUUCUCAGUGUGAUCGAGUGCUGGGAGAGGCUGUACCUGUCGGUGACUGUCGCGAGCUCCGCACCGAGCGGGAGCGGCCUGCACACUGCGGUUAUUUUGCUAAGAGACUGCGAGCUGUGGGCCCACUUUGCAGGCGCCAGAGCCGAGCCCCUCUUUGUACCUAUUUUUUUAUUACAAAUAUACUAAUUGGUUCUUUAUAUUUUCAGAGGUUAUUGUAUUAAAUUGUCUAUGGAUAGUACUUUUCUGACUGUAAAUACCCCGGCUUUCUCCGAGUCCUCACGUCAGUGUCAGCCGCGCCCGGGUGCCGUCAGGAUUUUCCACCACCCCUGAGAGCUGUUACAGUCUUUUAUUUUGUCUUUUAGGAGAUCCCUGUCUUUCCAUUUUUCAUGUAAAUUUUGCACAGUUACUUGUUCAUAUGUAAAUAUUUUACUUUCAAAAAUGAAGUUUUUAAUUGCUAUUGUUUUAUAUAGGAUUGAAAGAAAAUUAACUCCUUUAUUAAAGACAAAUUUAUCUGUA